CAAUCCCAUUUUCUUUCAUUAGCUCAUUGAGUUCUCAAUCAUCUUUCUCUCAACUCUCUUUCCUCAUUUCCUUCCCCUUUUACUUUGGAACCAAAACCCCUUUUCUUUAUUCUUGGAAUUAUCACUUUUCUUUUUUAUUUUUUUCAAAAAAAAAAAAGAAAAAAAUUAAAAAAAAAAAAGAUGAAGAACCCACAAUCAAACCUUCCACCAGGGUUUAGGUUUCACCCAACUGAUGAAGAACUCAUUCUUCAUUACCUUAGAAAAAGGGUCAGCUCCACACCUCUCCCAGUUUCCAUAAUUGCUGAGGUUGAUAUAUACAAGUUUGAUCCAUGGGAGUUGCCAGAUAAGGCCACGUUUGGAGAGAAAGAAUGGUACUUCUUCAGUCCAAGAGAUAGAAAGUACCCAAAUGGAGCAAGGCCAAACAGGGCAGCUGCAUCAGGGUAUUGGAAAGCCACAGGCACAGACAAAACCAUAGUCACUUCCUCCAUGGGAGGACCUCAUCACCAGAACAUUGGUGUGAAAAAAGCUCUAGUUUUCUACAAAGGAAGACCUCCAAAGGGUGUCAAGACCAACUGGAUUAUGCAUGAGUAUCGCCUAGCUGAAUCCCCAGCCUAUGCUUAUAAUUCCAACCUCAACAAACUCAACAACAACAACAACAACAACAAGCUUAAAGAUUCUUCCAUGAGGCUGGACGAUUGGGUUCUUUGUCGUAUCUACAAGAAAACAAACGUAGUACAUCCAACCGCAGCAACUACUGCCAUUCCAAGUGAUCAAGAAGAAGAGGAACAGUUUGUUCAAGAGACCCUUUUGUCUUCUUCACCACCAUGCUUAUUAAAAUUGGACCAAGAAAACUCCAUUGAUAAUAGUAGUAGUAUUAUCAAGCCUCAGAAAUCUUGUUCGUUCUCCAACUUGUUAGAUACCAUGGAUUACUCUUUACUGAGUAGUUUGUUAGCAGAUUGUCCGAGUAAUAACUCAACUGGGUUCGAUCACUACAGCUCGAUCAGUAGUAGUACAGGUUUCAACACUAGUUCUAGUACUAUUCUAGAUCAGCAGCAGCCAUUUUUCUUCAAUGGCUGUAGUAGUGGUGGUAGUAGUAACACCACCAAUAUGAUCGGCAGUGGUAAUUACAUGGUGCAGCAGCCAAGUUAUAAUAAGCUUCCUCAGCUGCAACAGCUGCCGCUGCCGCCGCCAACGAGCGUGGAAAACCACCGGCUUAAGCGCCAGCGGUCGAGCUCCGAUGACCAGCUCCAAUGCCCACCAAAGAAAUGCAUGAUCAACUCUUGCAAUUUUCUUAAUACUACCACAACCACUUCCAAUAUUCAAUCAGACAAUUACAUGAACCAGUUGUUCUUGAACCAGCACUUGUUUUUGAGCCCUGAGCUUCAAUUUCAUGGAUAAGACUAGAAAGAAUAAGAAUAAUAAGAACACAAGACAAGACAAGACAAAGACAAAGAAAUUAUGAGAAGAAAAGAAACUGAGUUUGAGCAACAUGCCAAGCCUUUUUUUCUCCUUUUUUUUUUUGAAAAAAAAAAUGUGUAUAGAAGGGUAAGUAGGAGGGAGAUGUUUCUGAUUUAUGUGUUAGAAAGAGGAAAGUUUGGAUAGAAAAUUUUACCUUUUUAAGAGUUUGAUAUGAUGUUAGAUAUAUCAGUUGAAAGAUAUUCAAGUAGAGGUGUACUAGUACUGCAGUGGUUAAUAUACCAUUGUCAUCAAAUGAUUUCAAUAGAUUUUACACUUCUGUUGA